AUGGCGUCGGAUACGAGCUCUUUCGAGCUGAAGGAAAAACAUGAGGGAUCUCCACCCAACACCGGCGAUCACUCUAUCGAGACAGAGGACAAUCCUAUGACCCUUAUCGAUGAAGUUGAUGUAGAGACCCUCACGAAAAUCGCCACACAACGAUCUCGCCGCCAAUCAACCUGGGGAGGCGACACAUUAACCGCCCUUGCCCAAGAAGACUCUUCCCUCGAUCCUCAAUCCGGGAACUUUGAUUUGCGGAAGUGGCUCAAGCUUGCUUUCAAGGAUAUCAGCCGCGAUGGCCCACAGGGACACACCUCGGACGUCAUUUUCAAGGACCUCAAUGUAUACGGAUCUGGUGCUGCAUUGCAAUACCAAGACACAGUUUCAUCAACAUUGACUGCUCCACUGCGCUUGCCCCAGCUUUUCCGUGGCAACAAGUCACCCCAAAGGCGAAUUUUGAAAGACUUCAAUGGUCUGAUGAAGAGUGGCGAGCUGUUGCUCGUCCUGGGCCGUCCUGGUGCUGGUUGCAGUACCCUCCUGAAGUCCCUUACCGGAGAGCUGCACGGUCUGCAGAAGGAUUCCGAGAGCGUGAUUCACUACAAUGGAAUUCCCCAGUCGCGCAUGGUCCAGGAAUUCAAGGGUGAACUGGUAUACAACCAAGAGGUUGACCGACACUUCCCCCAUCUAACCGUUGGUCAAACGUUAGAAUUCGCCGCCUCAACCAGAACUCCCGCUCAUCGAUUUGAGGGCAUGUCCCGAGCUGAACACGCCCGUUAUGUCGCCCAGAUUACAAUGGCAGUCUUCGGACUCUCCCACACCUACAACACACGUGUCGGAGACGAUUUCAUCCGUGGCGUCUCUGGUGGAGAGCGCAAGCGUGUUAGUAUUGCAGAGAUGGCUGUUGCCCAUGCCCCAAUUGCGGCUUGGGAUAAUUCCACCCGAGGAUUGGACUCAGCCACCGCAUUGAAGUUUGUCGAGGCUCUGCGCCUGUCUUCUGAUAUCACCGGCUCAACUCACGCAGUCGCUGCUUAUCAAGCCAGUCAGAGCAUCUACGAUGUCUUUGAUAAGGUGAUUGUCCUAUAUGAAGGCCACCAGGUCUACUUCGGAACCGCUUCAGGUGCCAAGUCAUACUUCGAGGAACAGGGUUGGGAUUGCCCGACUCGUCAAACCACUGGAGACUUCCUCACCUCAGUGACGAACCCCCAAGAGCGCAAGGCCAAGCCUGGCAUGGAAAACCGUGUACCCCGCACCCCUGAAGAGUUCGAGGCCGCAUGGCUUAAGUCUCCUCAAUACAAGCAACUGCAGGACCAGAUCGCCGAUUAUGAGUCGGAGAAUCCUGUGGCUCAUGAUGCGCCUGCCGCUACUCAACUCCAGGAUCGCAAGCGUGGUGCUCAGGCCAACCACACUCGGCCUAAGUCUCCAUACCUUAUCAGUAUUCCCAUGCAGAUCAAGCUCAACACCACUCGCGCGUAUCAACGACUUUGGAACGAUGCCGCCUCGACUGUCUCCGUCAUUGUGACUAAUAUUAUUAUGGCUCUCAUUAUUGGUUCUGUCUUCUACGGGACAACAGAUGCAACUGCUGGCUUCACGUCAAAGGGUGCAACCUUGUUCUUUGCCGUCCUUCUCAACGCCCUCACAGCCAUGUCCGAAAUCAACAGUCUUUACUCCCAACGCCCUAUCGUCGAAAAGCACAAUUCAUUCGCCUUUUAUCAUCCCGCCACGGAAGCCAUUGCCGGCGUUCUAAGUGACAUUCCAGUCAAAUUUGCUCUGGCUGUUGUGUUCAACAUCAUUCUAUACUUCCUGGCUGGUCUGAAGCGCGAUGCCGGCAACUUCUUCCUCUACUUCCUUAUUACCUUCGUCAUCACUUUUGUCAUGAGUGCAGUCUUCCGUACACUGGCAGCUGUCACCAAAACGAUUUCGCAGGCAAUGGGUCUGGCAGGAGUCAUGAUUCUUGCUUUGGUUGUCUACACCGGUUUCGUACUCCCAGUUCCAUCCAUGCACCCAUGGUUCGAGUGGAUCCAUUACCUCAACCCCAUCUACUACGCCUUCGAGAUCCUGAUCGCAAACGAAUUCCACGGUCGCGAGUUCCCUUGCUCGUCCUUCGUCCCCUCCUACGCCGACUUGUCGGGUAGCUCGUUCAGUUGCUCGGCUGCUGGCUCGGAGCCCGGCAGGUUGACCGUCAAUGGUGAUCGCUACAUCCAGCUGAACUAUGACUACAGCUACAGUCAUGUCUGGCGAAACUUUGGUAUCCUGAUCGCGUUCCUAGUUGGCUUCAUGCUUAUCUAUUUCGUUGCUUGCGAGUUGAACUCUGCCACCACAAGCACCGCCGAGGCUCUUGUCUUCCGCCGUGGCCACGAACCUCCCAGCUUGCAAAAUCACGGAUCUGAUGUGGAAAACUCCAAGGAAGGAGUAGUUGCCGAGCGUACUACGACCUCUGAUGACAAGGGCAUGGGCGCCAUUCAGCCCCAGACUGACGUCUUCACCUGGCGCGAUGUGUCCUACGAUAUCGAGAUCAAGGGUGAACCCCGCCGACUUUUGGAUAAUGUUUCUGGAUGGGUCAAGCCCGGAACUCUGACUGCCCUUAUGGGUGUCAGUGGUGCCGGUAAGACCACUUUGCUCGAUGUCUUGGCUCACCGGACUUCCAUGGGUGUCAUUACUGGUGACAUGUUCGUCAAUGGUAACGGACUCGACGACAGUUUCCAGCGCAAGACUGGCUAUGUCCAGCAGCAAGAUCUUCACCUUGAUACUGCUACUGUUCGUGAAUCACUUCGUUUCAGUGCUAUGCUGCGCCAGCCUGCUUCUGUCUCUAUCCAGGAGAAGCAUGACUACGUUGAGGACGUCAUCCGCAUGUUGAAGAUGGAGGAGUUCGCCGAGGCCAUUGUUGGUGUUCCCGGUGAGGGUUUGAACGUCGAGCAGCGCAAGCUGUUGACUAUUGGUGUUGAAUUGGCCGCGAAGCCCAAGCUGCUUCUCUUCUUGGAUGAGCCUACCAGUGGUCUUGACUCUCAAAGCUCUUGGGCUAUUUGUUCCUUCCUUCGCAAGCUUGCUGAGCACGGUCAGGCCGUUCUCUGUACCAUCCAUCAACCCAGUGCCAUGCUAUUCCAGCAAUUCGAUCAGCUCCUGUUCCUUGCCCGUGGUGGUAAGACUGUCUACUUCGGUCCCGUUGGCGAAAACUCCAGCACCAUGCUUGACUACUUUGAGUCGAAGGGCGCACGCAAGUGUGCCGACGAUGAGAACCCAGCUGAGUACAUGCUGGGUAUCGUGAACGCUGGCAAGAACCCCCAGGGCGAAGACUGGUUCGACGUGUGGAAGCAGAGCGACGAAAGCAAGGGAGUUCAAACCGAGCUUAACCGCAUCCACGAGGAAAAGAAGGGCAAGACUGGUUCUUCCGAGGAGGACUCUGCCAACAGCCACUCUGAGUUUGCCAUGCCUUUCUGGUUCCAGCUCUACCUCGUCACCUACCGCGUCUUCCAGCAAUAUUGGCGCAUGCCCUCUUAUGUCCUGGCCAAAUGGGGUCUGGGUAUCGCCUCCGGUCUCUUCAUCGGAUUCUCCUUCUACCAAGCGAAGACUUCCCUACAGGGAAUGCAGACAAUCAUCUAUUCACUCUUCAUGAUCUGUACCAUCUUCUCAUCCCUAGCCCAACAGAUCAUGCCAGUAUUCGUGACACAGCGAUCCCUCUACGAAGGCCGCGAACGCCCCAGCAAAUCCUACUCCUGGAAAGCCUUCUUGGUCGCCAACAUGGUAGUCGAAAUCCCUUACAUGAUCGUGAUGGGUGUGCUCACCUACGCCUGCUACUUCUACGCCGUCGUCGGAAUCCCCGACUCAGCAACCCAAGGCACAGUCCUCCUCUUCUGCAUCGUUUUCUUCAUCUACGCCAGCACAUUCACCCAUAUGGUCAUCGCGGGUCUCCCCGACGAACAAACAGCCAGCGCAGUCGUCGUCCUCCUCUUCGCCAUGUCCCUCACUUUCUGUGGUGUCAUGCAGCCCCCCGAUGCAUUCCCCGGCUUCUGGAUCUUCAUGUACCGCGUCUCGCCCUUCACCUACUGGGUCGGCGGUAUGGCCGGUGCCCAGCUCCACAAUCGCCAGGUCGUCUGCUCAGCCGCUGAGACAUCCACUUUCAGUCCGCCUUCUGGUCAGACUUGCAUUCAGUAUAUGCAGAAGUAUAUCAACGUCGCUGGUGGACAAUUGCUCAACCCUGAUUCCACCAGUGAGUGCAAUUACUGCUCGCUUACCGUUGCCGAUCAGUACCUGUCUACCUCGGGUAUUUACUACUCCCAGAGGUGGCGCAACUUCGGUAUCAUGUGGGCAUUCAUUGCUUUCAAUGUUUUCAUGGCUGUUGUCAUGUACUACCUUGUUCGUGUCAAGCGCUGGAAUUCGGCUGAUAUGAAGGCUUCCUUCUCGAAGCUCAUUCCUGGCAAGAAGGCUAAAGGUAGUAGUAACUAA